AUGGAGGCGAAGGGCUACCAGUGCCGCAGCAGCCGCUACAUCGAGAGCGGGCAGUCGGCGGUGCCCAGCUCGGUGCUGUUCGCCGCCGGGCUUUUGGGGAACGUCCUGGCCUUGCUGCUGCUGGGCCAGCACCGGCGGCGCUCCCGGUCGCCCGGGGGCCGCCCGCCGCGGGUCUCGGCGUUCUACGUGCUGGUGACCGUGCUGGCCGUCACCGACCUGCUGGGCAAGUGCCUGCUCAGCCCCAUCGUGCUGGCCGCCUACGCCUACAACCGCAGCCUCAGCGAGCUGGGGCCGGGCGGGCGCGGCGAGGACGAGCCGGGCGUCCUCUGCCAGCUCUUCGCCUUCCUCAUGGCCUUCUUCGGGCUGGCCCCCACCCUGCUGCUGCUGGCCAUGGCGCUGGAGUGCUGGCUCUCCCUGGGGCACCCCUACUUCUACCGGCGGCACCUCACCCGCCGGCUGGGCGUCACGCUGGGGCCGGCGGCGGCCGGGCUGUGCGCCCUGUUCUGCGCCCUGCCGCUGCUGGGCUUCGGGGUGCCCAUCCAGUACUGCCCGGGCACGUGGUGCUUCAUCCGCAUGGCCGGCGGGGGCCCGCGGGAGCUGGGCUUCCCCGUGCUCUACGCCGGCCUCAUGGGGCUGCUGGUGCUGGCCAUCGGCGCCUGCAACGUGAGCAGCAUGAGGCACCUGUACGGCAUGGCCCGGCGGCAGCCCCGCAGAGGGGCCCCCCCCGCCGCCGCCGCCGCCGCCGCCGCCGCCGCCCCCCGCAUGGAGGAGCUCGACCACCUCGUCCUGCUCGGGCUCAUGACCGUCCUCUUCACCGUCUGCUCCCUGCCGCUCAUCAUCCGGGCGUACAUGGGGGCCUUCGCCGCCGACAUCAACGAGAACGCCGACCUCAGUGCCCUGCGGUUCCUCUCCGUGAACUCCAUCGUGGAUCCCUGGGUCUUCAUCAUCUUCCGCACCUCCGUGUUCCGCUCGUUCGUCCGCAGGGUUUGCCGGAGGCUCCACUACCGCAAAUCCAGCCUGAAAGGCUCCGACCCGGGUGGUGACGGCCAGUUCUGUCCCCCAGGCUGGCGCAGGACAGACCCGCCGCAGCUCGGCAUCCCCUGAGAUGUGGCUCCGGCAGAAGCCGGCGGCUGCUGGUGAGGAUGAGGAGCCUUCGGCCCCCCAUUCCUGCCCUGGAGCAUCCCGAGGCGGCACAGGGCUGUGGCAGGGAGGGACAGAGCGUCCAGCUCGCGGCGAGGGGCGCUGCGAAGGGUUUCUGUCCCCUCCCCAGGCUGCGUUUCGCCCCGGGAGAGGAACCGGGGCGGGGCUCCCGGGUAACCUGUGAAUUUUCCGAGCAGCAGCGCUUUGUGGAGGGUUUGGGGAG